GAGCGGCCCUUUCCGGCAGUGGGCGGGACGGGCGCGGCCCCGGCGGCCCGCGGCAGGCGAGCCCGGCCAUGCAGGCGGAGCGGGGCGGCAGCCGGCCCCGCAGGGAAGGGACCCGACACGGCCGGCGGCGUCCCUGCGGCCCGCCUGACGCGGCGACAGAAGGAGGUGGCGGGGACGGCCAUGGGCGCGGAGGAGGCGGAGGCCGGGGAAGAGGCGGCGCUUACGGGCACCGAGGAGGCGGGGGACGGGGCAGGCGAGAGCCCCGAGGUCGCGGGGCAGCGCCACCGCCCAGCGCCCACCAGCACCGGCGGGUAGAGGAAGAUGAUGAUACUGAAUCACGACAUGAAGAAGAGAAGGAAGAAGUGAAAUGCUAUUCAAGAAGAAAGGUAUUUUCUAACUGGAGCCGCUAUGAGGAUACAGAAAAAGAGGGACAGAAUGAAGCUGGGGAGUCACAGAGAGGAACAGACUUCAGUGUUUUGCUUAGCUCAGCAGGAGAUUCCUUUACACAGUUUCGAUUUGCUGACGAGAAAGAAUGGGAUAAAGAAAGUAUAUGCCAUAAGCAGUUCUCUGCACUUUCUGUUGACUGCCAGUCUUUGGUCCAGGCCCUUCAGGAAUUGCCUCUACAUCUGAGGCUGAAUGUAGCUGCCGACCUUGUGCAGGCAUCAACACCUCUAGAGAUCCCACAGAUGAAAUCUAAAAUUUUUGAAGAUGGAAAGAAGAGAGAGCAGCUGUUCCGAAAGUCUCUGGCUCAAGGUGAAACCGGGCUGGUUUCCCAUCCUGUUGGUAAUUCUGCUGCUCCAUCAGAACCUGGGAGUAAAAAUGGUUCUAGGGCAGAUGCAAGAGAAUCAUUUCAAAGAGUCCAUCCACUAUCAAAUCAAGACACUGACCAUUUGGAUGAAGAAUUAGAUCUUCUCCUGAAUCUAGAGGCUCCCAUUAAUAUAGAAAAUAGACCUGUGUCAGGUACAUUAUCCUGCAGCAUAUCAGCUGAGAAAGAUUUGAAAAUGGAUUGUAAGAAAAAUGAGCCUUUAAAAGUAGAUAUGCCUGAAGAGAAGAGCACAUCAUCGCAGCAGCAGCAAAGUACAUCUAAAGAUGUUACUGAAGAAGAGCUUGAAGAUUGGCUGGACAGCAUGAUUGCCUGAAGCUCAGAUUUCCUCAUAUGAAUAAUUGAAUAUAGCAAACAUUAUGUAGAAACUUGAAUCUUUCUUUAUCUCCCUGUUAUUGCCUUUUUCUGUAUGCCAAAUGCCUGUUUUUCUUUGCUGGCACUUAAAAUUUUGUGCAACCAAAAUGAAUUUAGAUAAGAUUGAAAAUUGUUGAAGACUAAUGAUAUUAUUAAAGAGGUUUAAAAUUUGUGAUGAAGUUAGAGUUUUCUUUGCUAAAGAAGCAGGCUACAGUGCAGAAAUAGAACAGUUAUUUCAGCUUGUACUUGUUCUAUGUAGUCCUUAAAAUAAAGCUGUGGAUGAACAAUGAA